AUGACACGUAUAAUUUCGUCAAACCCACUACUUGGACUCUCCAGCAAACAAAAGGUGGCGUCGUUUUCCUGGCUUAAUCUUAGAAAUCUUCUUGGUAAAAAUAAUGCAAAUAAAGCAGAAAUAAAAAGCAUAUCAAAUACAGCUACAAAUAGAACAGCAACAUCGAUAAUAGACGAUAAAAAGGAAACAUCACCUGUUAAAUUUGCCGAAAACGAUAAAGAAACAUCUGUUGAAUUUGCUGAACCAUCACAUGAAAACGAAAAAGAAAUCAAAGAUCAAAAAGCUAAAAAACGAACAUUUCACAAAUGGACGACAAGAGACCAAGAAAAACUCGAACAAGCAAUGAAAAUUUACGGUAAAGAUUGGGAGAAAAUUUCAAAGCAUUAUUUUGACUCGAAACGGUCACCACCAUCAAUCUACGAAAAAUACUGCAAGAACCUCAAAGAGUCUAAAGCUGUAAAUUCAAAAUAUAUGAAAUGGACAUCCGAAGAGGAUCGAACAUUAGAGAAAGCUGUAGCAACACUUGGCGAAGGCAAUUGGCAAGAAAUUGCAAAAGAAUUUCUACCCAGUAAAAGUGGGCCACAAAUUUUAAAUCGAUGGAAAAUAAUCUCGUCAAAAAAACGGGGUAAUUGGACACCAGAAGAAGAUAAAGCGUUACGAGAGUUUGUCAAAACGCAUGGGUUCAAGUGGAGUUUGGCGUCUGAGGUUUUCAAACGUCCUCAUGUUCGUAUUUUUGAACGAUGGGAUCGAUAUGUGGCACCUGGUCUAAAGAGUGGUCCAUGGUCAAAAGAAGAACUGGAAAUAUUAAAGGAUGCUGUAGAAAAAUUUGGCACAGAUUGGGAUCAAAUUAAAAAAGCUUUACCUCAUAGAUCUCUUUAUUUUAUUAAACAAAAGUAUCGAAAUUCUCCCUCCGUUCGAACAGAAUUCAAUAAGGGACCCUGGAGUCUAAAUGAAGAGUUGACUCUUGUCGAAGCUGUAAACAAAUAUGGAAGACGAUGGAAUGACGUGUCAAAUAUGAUUGGCACUAGAAGUCCUGAUCAAUGUUGUUGUUAUUAUUCUAAAACGAAAUUGUGA